AAUAUAAAUAGAUAAAAAAUGUUUUAUUGCCUGUUUUCGUUAGUCGUUUUAACUAUUUGAUAUUUGACAUCCCUCAAAGGCAUUAUUACUAAUCCACUAAAAACAUUGUGAGCUGGCAACUCUGCGGUUGAGCCAGCUGAUAUUGCAUUUCAUUUGCUUUUCUGUUUAUUUAAACAAAAUUACCUUGUACAAUUUAUUAGUUCUAUUUAUUAAGUGCAUAAAUAAAGUUAAAUUCGCAUUUUGCGUGCUUUGAAAGGAGCCUAGGCCGAGGAAGUGAUAAGCUAAGAAUGUUUCGCACAAGCAAUUCACGUAGCGUUAGUAGAGCCGUUGUAGACGAUUAUAGUGAUGCAGGCUUGGCACGCAAUUAUGCUGCGGAAGAUUGUGCUGAUGACGACAUAGAUUUUCACAGAGAUUUUGCUCGUAAUCGUAGAGCGGUAAGCGCGACCAAUAUAUACAGUAAUGAAGAUAGCGAUGAAUUAGACACAAAUGAGGGCAGUUCUGCUGAUACGCCUCUAAUUAGAGAAGUUGAAGAUGAUGGUACCUUUCCAAAAGCUCGGCAUAUUUUUGGAUUUAUGGGCUUCCUUGGUUUUGCCGUAGUUUACGCCAUGCGCGUUAAUUUGUCCGUAGCUAUAGUUGCCAUGGUGAACCAAACAGCCAUUCCUGAAGACAAUUCCACUAGUGUAGAUGAUACUUGCCCAGUUCCAAAGCCAACGAAUAAUACAACACCCACUAAGGAGGGAGAAUUCGUAUGGGAUGAGGCCACCCAAGGUCUUGUAUUGGGUUCAUUUUUUUACGGAUACGUGCUGACGCAAGUCCCAGGUGGUCGCCUAGCAGAGCUGAUGGGAGGAAAGCUGAUUUAUGGCUUUGGUGUGCUUAUUACAGCAAUUUUUACUCUCCUAACACCAAUCGCUGCGUACUGGGAUUUGCCUAUGUUGGUACUUGUACGAGUGUUAGAAGGCAUGGGUGAAGGUGUUACCUACCCAGCCAUGCAUGCCAUGUUGGCUCACUGGAUACCACCAUUAGAGCGCAACAAAUUUGCAGCUAUCGUAUACGCAGGAUCUAAUAUCGGCACAGUAAUCUCAAUGCCAUUAGCAGGAUGGCUGUGCUCUUUGGAUUUUCUUGGAGGUUGGCCAUCAGCAUUUUACAUAUUUGGUUUGCUGGGUAUAGUUUGGUUCGCAUUUUGGAUGUAUCUGGUGUAUGACAAACCAAGCGUACAUCCGCGCAUAUCUCUCAAAGAGCGAGACUACAUCGAACGGAGUUUACGUGCUAUGCAGCCUCGAAAUAACAGCGAUUUACUAUCUGAAUCUGAUGUGGAUGUCAUACACACAGCUGCUGAGGAAAUACCGUGGCGUUCAAUCUUCACCUCGCUACCAUUGUGGGCAAUUUUAAUUACACAAUGUGGUCAGAGUUGGGCCUUUUACACGCAACUCACAGAAUUGCCCACAUACAUGAGCAAUAUACUCCAUUUUGAUAUCCAAUCAAAUGCAGUACUAAACGCCAUACCAUACUUUACAAGCUGGAUAGUGGGUAUUGUAUGUUCAGGAUUGGCGGAUUGGAUGCUGGAACGGCGCUACAUUUCUCAGCUAAACUCGUAUAAAUUAUGGAAUUCGAUAGCUUCCAUUAUACCAUCGAUAGGACUUCUAGCCACCGCUUAUGUUGGUUGCAGUUGGAUUUGGGUUACCGUGAUGCUGGCCGGUGUUGGUUCCUUUGGCGGCGCUGUGUACGCUGGUAAUCAAAUGAAUCACAUCGCUUUAAGUCCCCGUUACGCAGGCACUAUGUAUGGUCUUACGAAUUCUGCUGCAAACAUAUGUGGAUUCUUAGCGCCCUAUGUGAUAGGGCUUAUCAUAAAUCAUCAUGAAACCUUGGCACAAUGGCGUAUUGUAUUCUGGCUGGCUGCGGCAGUAAAUAUUGGUGGUAAUUUCAUGUAUUUAAUAUUUGCCAGCGCCACAGAACAGAGUUGGUCCCGUAUUCCACAUCUAGCUGCAGUAAGCCAUGUGCGCUCUUAAAAAGCCGAUUUGGGCCCGGAAAUUCACAACAGUGGAAAUAUUAAACGAAUGGAUGCUAUUAUAUCCGAAUACCUAUGUAUGUACGCAAACGUGUGAUAAUUUAGUGUUUCUAUUUUGAACAAUGGAAUUGAAUGAUGUAUGUUGUACGUAUGUAUGUACAUACAUACAUACAUACAUAUAUCAUAAGCUAGUGCGAGCAAGCAUUUAGGUAAAAACUCCUAAAAGUAUUUUAAAUAAUUACCAAUUGAAUGUAUGCAUUCCUAUAAUCAUGUAUGUAUGUAUGUACAUACAUCCAUAUACAAAUAUGUAUGUUCGUAUGUUACAAAUGUAAACUUUGUGGUGCAAUUUUACUCAAUAUUUUUUCAGUAGUAUGUAUGUAGACAUUUUAAACGAGAACAUUAUUUAUUCUGUUAAUAAAGUGCAUUUUUUAUACAA